AUGUCAUCAUCAAAUAAAAUAAAAGUUAAAAUCUCAUCUCCUGGCAAGGUUAUUCUCCAUGGAGAACAUUCAGUUGUUUAUAAAAAGCCAGCUCUAGCUGGUGUUGUUGGAGUUCGCACUCAUUUGGAUCUUGUAGAGAUGAAUGACUCAUCGGUGCUUGCGAUUCAUUUGGAUAGUUUGCAAUGUUCAUUUGAAAUUCAAAUUAGCGAAGUGAAUAGAUUUGUAGAGGCAUUUAUUCUAAAUCAGGGCUCAGAGCUUGAUAAAGAUCUUUUGUUCAAAAAGACUCGAGAAGCAAUCGAUUGUAAGUUUGAAGACCAAAAUAUACCUCAGGUCAAGACCUUUCAUGCUAUUUACUAUGUACUUUGUGGUUGCCUUCUUUCUGCUGAAAAUAAAUCUUUAACAUCCGGCUGUGUGAUUAAGAUUUCAUCCGAACUCAAUAUAGGAGCUGGUCUGGGCAGUUCUGCUUCGUUUGGAGUUUGUCUCGCUACCGCGUUUCUUAUUCUAACCAAGCAUAUCUCCAGCGAUGAUUAUGAUUCAAAAGAAUCUCUUGCUUUGAUAUCUUCGUGGGCCUUCGAGUCGGAAAAAGUGAUGCAUGGGAAUCCAUCUGGAGUUGACAAUACCAUUUGCACUUACGGUGGUAUUGUUCGUUUUACCAAAGGAGAACCUUACUCACAAAUCCACGUCCCUAAACCUCUUCAUGUACUCCUAGUCGACACUAAGGUCUCUAGGAGCACAGCAAAACUUGUGGAAAACGUUGCUACUCUGAGGAACAAAUUCCCUAAAUUAAUUGAUCUGAUUUGGGAUUCAAUGGAAGAGAUAGUGGAAACAGCAACACCGAUACACCAAAACCUGGAAGAUGAAGACAAUUUCAAUAAACUAAAAGAACUCUUUAGAAUCAACAACGAUCUGUUGAAGGCUAUUGGGGUCUCUCAUGAGAGUCUAGAGCAAAUCUUUAGUAUUGCAACUAGAAACAAGUUCAGUUGCAAAUUGACUGGAGCUGGUGGUGGAGGAUAUGCAAUUAUACUUCUUCCCGCUGAUUAUAAGAGCAAGGAUGAAUUUGCGACGCUUUGCAAAGAACUGCUUGCUUCCAAUUUUGAAAUAACUGAAACCACCGUUGGUGGCAGUGGCCUGAUUGUGAAAAAUGAGAUUUAAAAAUGACAAAAAUUAAUAAAACAAUUUUUACUUCCUUUGUA